UGAAGAGCCAAGAACUAGCAGCUCUGACGUCCAAGGGCAGGAAAGGAUGGAUUUCCCAGCUAAAGGUUAUUGCCUGCAGAUUGCAAUCACCAUGUCUGACUCAGUAAUUCUUCGCAGUGUAAAGAAAUUUGGAGAGGACAAUUAUGGUUUUGAGUCAGACAGAUUCUAUAACAAUGAUAAGAAUUCAAGGUUACAAGAUGAGAGGAAAGGUGACAGCAAUCAAGUUGGCUUCUUUCAAUUGUUUCGAUUUUCUUCAACGACUGACAUUUGGCUGAUGUUUGUGGGAAGUUUAUGUGCGUUUCUCCAUGGACUAUCCCAUCCAGGCGUGCUGCUCAUUUUUGGCACAAUGACAGAUGUUUUUAUUGACUACGACACUGAAAUACAAGAACUCAAGAUCCCUGGAAAAGCAUGUGUAAACAACACUAUAGUAUGGAUCAACAGCUCCCUUAACCAGAAUGUGACAAAUGGAACACGGUGUGGGUUGCUGGACAUUGAAAGUGAAAUGAUCAAAUUUGCCAGUUACUAUGCUGGAAUCGCUUUGGUAGUACUCAUCACAGGAUAUAUUCAAAUAUGCUUUUGGGUGAUUGCUGCAGCUCGUCAGAUACAGAAAAUGAGAAAAAUUUCCUUUAGGAAAGUAAUGCGAAUGGAAAUAGGAUGGUUCGACUGCAAUUCCGUGGGAGAGCUGAAUACAAGAUUUUCUGACGAUAUUAACAAAGUCAAUGAUGCCAUUGCUGACCAAAUGGCCAUUUUCAUUCAGCGCAUGACCACGAGCAUCUGUGGGUUCCUGUUGGGAUUUUACCAGGGUUGGAAACUGACCUUGGUCAUUAUCUCUGUAAGCCCUCUCAUCGGGAUUGGAGCAGCCAUCAUUGGUCUGAGUGUGUCCAAGUUUACUGACUAUGAAUUGAAGGCCUAUGCCAAAGCAGGGUCGGUGGCUGAUGAAGUCAUUUCGUCUAUGCGAACAGUGGCUGCUUUUGGUGGUGAGAAAAAAGAGGUGGAAAGGUACGAGAGAAACCUUGUGUUUGCCCAGCGUUGGGGAAUUAGAAAAGGGAUCGUGAUGGGAUUCUUUACUGGAUUCAUGUGGUGUCUCAUCUUCUUCUGUUAUGCCUUGGCCUUCUGGUAUGGCUCCAAACUUGUCCUAGAAGAUGGAGAAUACACAGCGGGAACCCUUGUCCAGAUUUUCCUCAGUAUUCUAUUAGGAGCUUUAAAUCUUGGCAAUGCAUCUUCUUGUCUGGAAGCCUUUGCAACUGGGCGUGCAGCGGCCACCAGCAUUUUUCAGACAAUAGACCGGAAACCCAUCAUUGACUGCAUGUCAGAGGAUGGUUACAAGUUGGAUCGAAUUAAAGGUGAAAUCGAAUUCCAUAAUGUGACCUUCCACUAUCCUUCCAGACCAGAUGUGAGGAUUUUAAAUAAACUCAGCAUGGUCAUUAAAUCAGGGGAAAUGACCGCUGUGGUAGGAGCCAGUGGAUCUGGGAAGAGCACAGCCCUGCAGCUUAUCCAGCGUUUCUAUGACCCCAGUGAAGGCAUGGUGACUUUGGAUGGCCAUGACAUUCGUUCUCUUAACAUUCAGUGGCUUCGAGCUCAGAUUGGGAUAGUGGAGCAAGAGCCCAUUCUGUUCUCCACCACCAUUGCAGAGAACAUUCGCUAUGGCAGAGAGGAUGCAACAAUGGAAGAUAUAGUUCAAGCUGCCAAGGCAGCCAAUGCCUACAAUUUCAUCAUGGACCUGCCACAGCAAUUUGACACUCUUGUUGGAGAAGGAGGAGGCCAGAUGAGUGGUGGCCAGAAACAAAGAGUAGCCAUUGCCAGAGCACUUGUCCGAAACCCCAAGAUCCUGCUUUUGGACAUGGCCACCUCGGCACUGGACAAUGAGAGUGAAGCCAUGGUGCAAGAGGCACUGAGUAAGAUUCAGAAGGGACAUACGAUCGUUUCGGUUGCUCAUCGCCUGUCCACAGUCAGAGCUGCAGAUGUCAUUAUUGGUUUUGAACAUGGUACAGCAGUGGAAAGAGGCACCCAUGAGGAACUGUUGGAAAGGAAAGGAGUUUACUUCACUCUAGUGACUUUGCAGAGUCAAGGCGGUCAGGCUGCUAACGUAGAAGGCAUAAAGGGACAAGAUGAAACUGAUGGGACCUCACUUGACAGCAAACAGACCUUUUGCAGAGGGGGCUACCAGGCUAGUUUAAGAGCUUCAAUCCGAGAACGUUCCAAGUCUCAGCUUUCUUACCUGGUACAUGAACCUCCAUUAGCUGUCGUAGAUCAUAAAUCUACUUACGAAGAAGACAGAAAGGGCAAGGACAUUCCUGUGGAAGAAGAAAUUGAACCUGCCCCGGUUCGGAGGAUUCUGAAAUUCAAUGCUCCAGAGUGGCCCUACAUGCUGAUAGGGGCCGUGGGUGCCGCUGUCAAUGGGUCGGUCACACCGCUCUAUGCCUUUUUAUUCAGCCAGAUUCUUGGGACUUUUUCACUUCCUGAUAAAGAAGAACAAAGGCUACAGAUCAAUGGCGUGUGCCUGCUCUUUGUAGUAAUGGGCUGUGUAUCCCUUUGCACUCAGUUUCUGCAGGGAUAUGCUUUUGCUAAAUCUGGAGAACUCCUCACAAAAAGGCUACGUAAAUUUGGUUUCAGGGCAAUGUUAGGGCAAGACAUUGGCUGGUUUGAUGACCUCAGAAAUAGUCCUGGGGCACUAACAACAAGGCUGGCUACGGAUGCCUCCCAAGUUCAAGGGGCAGCCGGCUCUCAGAUCGGAAUGAUGGUCAAUUCCUUCACUAACAUCACCGUGGCCAUGAUCAUUGCCUUCUUCUUUAGCUGGAAGCUAAGCCUGGUCAUAAUGUGCUUCUUCCCCUUCUUGGCUCUAUCGGGAGCCAUACAGACCAGAAUGUUGACAGGAUUUGCCUCUCAAAACAGGGAGGCUCUGGAGAUCGCCGGCCAGAUUACAAAUGAAGCUCUCAGUAACAUCCGCACUGUCGCUGGCAUCGGAAAGGAGCGGCAGUUUAUCCAGGCAUUUGAGAUGGAGCUGGAGAAGCCGUUCAAGACCGCCUUUCGAAAAGCCAACGUGUACGGAUUCUGCUUCGGGUUUUCCCAGUGCAUAGUGUUUGUCGCGAAUUCGGCUUCCUACAGAUACGGAGGUUACUUAAUCCCCAACGAGGGGCUCCAUUUCAGCUAUGUGUUCAGGGUGAUCUCUUCAGUUGUUCUGAGUGCCACAGCUCUUGGAAGAGCCUCCUCUUACACCCCUAAUUACGCCAAAGCGAAGAUAUCAGCUGCACGCUUCUUUCAACUGCUGGACCGACAACCCGCAGUCAGGGUGUACAGUAGUGCAGGUGAAAAGUGGGACAACUUCCAGGGCCAGAUUGAUUUCGUUGACUGUAAAUUUACAUAUCCUUCUCGACCUGAUAUACAAGUGCUGAACGGUCUCUCAGUAUCAGUUCAUCCAGGGCAAACGCUGGCCUUUGUUGGAAGCAGCGGAUGUGGCAAAAGCACCAGUAUUCAGCUGUUGGAACGUUUCUAUGACCCUGACCAAGGGAAGGUGAUGAUAGAUGGGCAUGACAGCAAAAAAGUCAAUGUUCAGUUUCUCCGCUCAAACAUUGGGAUCGUUUCCCAGGAACCAGUGCUGUUUGCCUGUAGCAUCAUGGACAAUAUCAGAUAUGGGGACAACACCAAAGAAAUCCCCAUGGAAAAAAUCAUAGAAGCGGCAAAGCAAGCACAGCUGCAUGACUUCAUCAUGUCACUCCCAGAGAAAUAUGAAACUAAUGUUGGGUCCCAAGGGUCUCAACUAUCUCGAGGAGAGAAACAACGUAUUGCUAUUGCUCGGGCCAUUGUACGAGAUCCUAAAAUCUUGGUACUAGAUGAAGCUACUUCUGCCUUAGACACAGAAAGUGAAAAGACGGUGCAGCUCGCCCUGGACAAAGCCAGAGAAGGUCGGACCUGCAUUGUCAUCGCUCAUCGUUUGUCUACCAUCCAAAACUCAGAUAUCAUUGCUGUCAUGUCACAGGGGAGAGUGAUUGAAAAGGGGACCCAUGAAGAACUGAUGACCCAGAAAGGAGCCUACUACAAACUCGUCACCACAGGAGCCCCCAUCAGUUGACCGGACUCAAGAACGUCAUGUACAGAUGCACCAAUUACAGGAGAGUCAUGUUUUUUUUUUUUUUCGUUUAAGGAGAAGUGAUAUCUUACUUUUACAGUUAUUGUCAUACAUUGGGAUCCAAGCUAAUUUAUAAUGACCUUCAAUAAUAUCUUAGUUUUAAAAAUCUGUGUAUAGAAAAUGAAAGAAACUAGGAUUAGUGUGAAUGAAAAUCCAAUGUCAAGCAGGUGCUCAGCCAUUACCCAGUGACUUUCUCCAUGAGGAAGCCAGUCCCAAUUACUACAUGGGAAUUAACGAGAAGUCAUGGAGUAAAGGAGACUUUAAUUCCUCAAGGGCAGAGGACUGUCCUUCGCGUUUUUGAAACUUCAGUGUACACAGAGCCCAGUGCACUUAUAAUAGGCACUCACUGAAUGUUUAUCAAGCUGGACCAAGGUCCUAUGUGAAAAGAACAGGGGGACUGACAACCAAUUAUUUCUUCACUAAGGUUUUCCUGCAAGUGAAAGCAGAUUCACUCCUCUCUAAGGAUGAAGAUAGGAAAAGGAGAGCUUUGAUACUCUGGACACUCUCAGACUGGGAAAGGCAGAAAGGGGCAAGUAUUUGCAGGGACUUACCAGUUAGGAGUGUGGAUUUAUAGAUUCAGGGUGCAGUAGGUGGGUGGUGAAGUCAACAUUUGCUGUGCUAGAAUCUGCCAAUGUGGCUUUUUUGGUAUAACACUAUAUGAAGCUACAACAGGGUAAAAUGCACUAUUUUCAUUUCAUAAAUAGACUUUGGAGAGACAAAGGACAGCAACCUGGGGUAAAGACUCUCUCCCAGGCCUUUAAUCCUUGUCACCACCCACCACAUUUUUUGCCUGUAUGGAAACAGAAGUACACACCCCUCCUGCAGCAGGAUGGCUGCCCUUCUCUUAUUCUAGCAGAAGAUUUGGGGGUGGAUGGGAAAGCUUAUUGAGAAGCUUGCACUUAGAGACACAAGUCACAUUUGAAGGGGUGGCUAAAGGCCAGGGGAUUGAAUAUAAAGCUAUAUAUGAACAGAAAAAACAUUCCAGCUCCCUCCUCCUCUGGCAGGAGAUUUUAGGAGUAGCCUCUGGGGAAACUGGCUAAUCCAAGAAAAGAGACUAUCAAGGGCAGAGAUCCUCCAAAGAAACUCCCCAACCAGGUUACUCUACUGUGAAGCCCAGCUGCCAACAACAUGUACCCAUCGGCUUUUCAGUGUCUCACUCUUCCACAGGAAUAGAUUAUGAAGAAUCACCAGGCAUUGAGGAAAUAUUUUAACACAAAAAGCAAAAUGACAACAAUAGAAUGCCCAGAACAAGGGCAUUAGAGGUAACAGAGCCAAUGCGGAAGAUUUGGAAAACAUUCAAAGAAUGCCAAUAAAUUUACAUAAUGAGAUGAGAAGAUAUUCCCAUCUAUUUAAAUAAAAACAAGAGCUCAUAAAAAUGAGCAUACAAAAAAAAAUACAAAAAAGAGCUCUUGACAAAAGAAGUGAAAUUCAGUAGCAGUUCCUAUCAAGUUGUCCUGCCAUCAAGGUGUCUUCCUACUCUAUCUCUUUCCCAAAUACACUCUAUGUAUACAUUUUUUUCUUCCCACAGCCAACAAGUGAAAUUCUGCCCACAAAUUAAGGCUGAGCUGUUGUAUAUUGAGAUAUAUUAUUUAUGUGUUUGUCCCGUGUUUCCUGGUAAAUAACCAUAAAGGUGGUUUAGCAAGGUAACUAGGUAGGUCAGAAGAACUGAUGGUUGCCAAGUCAGUGAGGGAGAGGGUAGAGUACAGCACUCUAGUUAAGUCAUGAAAAAUGGCAGGGACAAGUACAUUGCAGAAUAAAGAUGCCUGCAGGAAGGAAUUAAACUUUGUAGUAUGCAUGUGCUCAUUCUGUAAUAUUGAAGAAAGAAGACCAAAAUCCAUUUGUGUAAGUGUAAAUUUCAAAAAAGAACAUAAGCUCCGUGCUGGGAGGCUGCCAGGUUCCUGGAAUGGGAUGUGUGUGGUGUGAAAAAUGAAUAAGAGUCACUUUUCAAAUAAGGUACUUGAAAGUUAUUGACGAGCAGGAAAAGGUUGACAACAGACGGUUUGAAAUAAUGUGGGAGAGCAAUUGUCUUUUGAGGCUCAGUGACAAGGCAGAGGAUUAUAACCUUAAAAACAUAGAAAUAAAUAAAGUUGCAAAUUUAUUUUACAACACCAGGGAGCGCCAAUGUUUCCAUAUCUAUCCCACAUCCUAUAUUAUUAGCAAAGACUUGGUCUCUGCAAUUUUACAUUAUUAAAGUUUCUCAGAUAAUGGGGGUACUUGCUUUCUCUGUUCUAUCUGACACUUAUCUCAAAUCUUUCUGUAAUUUCUAAUGUUUUCAGAAUGGGUUCAUGCUAUGAUCAAACUCAUCCAUAACCCCAAAUAAUAAAAGUUUACAGGAGGAAAAAAAAAUAGAACGAUUGGAAGAUAAAGCUGGGGAAACUUCCCUGAAGAUAGGACAAAAAUAUAGAGCCAAAAAGUAGAAAAAAAAGAAAAAGAAAAACUUUAGGGGAAAAACCCAGGACGUAUAAUAAUUAGCUAAUUGCAGUUCCAGAAAGAAAGAUUAGAGGGGAGUAAAUUAUUGAAUGGUCCAAAGAUAUUUCCUAUAACUGGAGAAUAUAAACUUUCAACCUGAAAGAGUUCAACAAGUGUCAAAUAUAAUAAAUAAGCAAAGAUCCUCUGUGGGCACAUUAUUAUACAAUUUUAGAAAACUGGGGAAAGAAGAUACUAAAAUUUUCCAGAAGAGGGCAGAACAUGGUACAUAUAAUAAAGAAUUACAAUGACAUAGGAUCUUUUGACAAUAACACUAAAAGUCAGAAGGUGUAAAAUUUUGCUUUCAAAAUUCUGAGAGAAAAUUAUUUCCAUCCUAGAAUUCCAUAUCCAGAAAACUCUUCUCAAGAAUGAGAGAAGUCCAAAGAAACUCUCAGUCAUGUAAGGUUUCAAAACUUUUCCUCCCCAUACGUGUUUUCUCAGGAAGCCACAGGAGGGUUUCCCUAAAAUAAAAGUAAAUGAAGAAAGAGGAAGAUAUGGGAUCUAGGAAACAGGUGAUCUAACUCAAGAAUGAGGUGAUGGGGGGCACCUGGGUGGCUCAGUCAGUUAAGCAUUGGCGUUUGGCUCAGGUUAUGUUCUCAGGGUCCUGGGAUUGAUUCCCAUCAGGCUCCCUGCCCAUUGGGGAGUCUGCUUCUCCCUCCGCCUCUGCCCCUCGCUCUCUCUCUGAAAUAAAUAAAAUCUUAAAAAAAAAAAAAAAGAAUGAGGUGGUGGGAAUCUCCAGGAUGAUUAGGAGGGGAAAUACCAGGAUAACUGGUCUGCUGGAGACACAGUGAGCAACCAGGCCCGACUGAAACAAGGAAAUGAGGUCCCACGAGGGAUGUGUCUAGGAAAACACGUCAUGCUGCUAGACUAUCGUGACAUUCCCCCUGGCAGAGUUUGCCAGUGAAUUAGCAAUGUGUAUACAGAAAGACAGAGAGAGAGAGAGAGAAAGAGAGUGAAGGUUAUUAGCUAUUAACUCUGGAGUAAAAGAAAACUUAUACAUGAAAGGAAAUAUAUUUAUAUUACACUACAUGACCCACCCAAGAAUGUUAUUUACAAAGCCGUAUUUUGGUAGCUUUUAUUUCCAGCCAUUCAUCCUCUAAGUGGCCAGAACUCCCUGCUAUAUGUCUUUGGUCCUUGAGUACAGGGACUGUGUCCAGAUCCUAAUAUCCCCAGUACUUUACUUACUUGCUAUACAGUGAUAACCAAAUAAUCUUGGUUGAAUAAUCAUUUUAAAUUUAUACAAGUAGUAAUUUGUCAGCCCCAAGACAACUAGCCCAUUAAGUUAGAGCAGUGUCUUCCAAUAAAAAUAUGAGUCACUAAUGCAAACUACAUCUGUAAUUUUAAAUUUUCUAGUCACAUGAAAGAAAAAAGAAAUAGGUAAAAUGAAUGUUAAUAAUAUAUUUCUUUUACCCCAAUAUAUACAAAACAUCAUAUGUAACCAAUAUAAAAAUUAUUAAGAAGAUAGUUUCUUUCAUCAUAUUAAAUAUUCAGAAUCGGAUGUGUAUUUAUACUUACAGCCAGCCUAGCUCUGACUAGCCACUUGUCACGUUCCUGCUAGCUACAUGUGACUAGAAGCUACUAUAUUGGAAAGACAGGGUUAGAGUAUCCAGUUUCAUGAAUUUCCUGGUCUGGGCUUCCAUUGCUCCUACAGGAUUUGCAUCUUAAAGAAACAUGAGCCCAGCUUCUUAUACCAUACCUGGGAACUUGGUAAAAAUUGUUUAGGUUAAAGAUCAUGACUCGUUUGGAAUAACAAACAUCAUGGUAGGACCUGGCAGAAUCAAACAUUCUGAUGUGAGAGUUACAAACAGAAUCAUAUUGGCCCAUAUCAGAGUGAUGACAAUUCUUUACAUCAUUUAUUUCACUUGAUUUACCUGUUUGAGCCGACAAAGAGGAAAAACUAAGAUUGUUUAACAUAUCACAAUAUAACUGCAAAAACUGCCAUUUGAUCUAAUCCCCUUGAGUUCUCUUCCCAAGACAAGUUUUCUUCCAAUUAAUUUCGAAAAACCAUUUAUGAUUUUUUUCUAUGAACACUUCUUAUAAAUUCUUGGAGCAGCAUGUUUCCCAUCUUCUUUAUUGGAGAGACCCCGAGUCAUUUGAUACACCUCGAAAUUGCAUGAAAGCAGAUGACCACAAACCAGAUAUGCUAUUAUCUGAGCAAAAAGUAGAAUUGACCUCGAGAUGAUUUUGUCUAGAAACUCUUUUUUACAGCUACUUUGCGUGUACUCUACAUAGGCUCUUAGGAAAUUACUUCAAUGAAAGGACGUUUUGAAUUUAGUAAUGCAUUCAUGCGUGCAGUCUUUGGCAAUUAUACACUCAUUUAAAAAUGUAAACCCCGGGAUAUUUUGAUACUGUGUCCUGAAAGAGGAAAACACAAGGGAUCAUAAUUAGGUAUAGUUUGCCACAUAUUUAUUCAUGAAUUAAACGUGAAUUUCCUAUCCUAAGAAAAUAGCAGACAUUCCCAUCAGGUUGGUUUAGGAUCCCACCUCAUAUUUCCAACUAAGGGUUGGAUUUAUUAAUAUCUCUUAUGCACGCAGAAUCUUUCUAUAAUCAGGUCACGUAAGUAUGUUAGUGGAGAUAAAGAAAAUUGCAAAUUUGGUUGCUGUUUCCAAACAUAUCUUGAGAUAAAUUUACAUAUGCGUGUCUAUCAUUAUAAAAUAAGCAUUUAGUCCAUUUGUAGGUGUUCUAAAUUUCCAGAUCAAGUGAAUAAUCUCACCUGCCUAUAAGAGAUAGGAGGUGAAAACAACUUAAAUAAACUUUAAAACCCAAUUCCAAUUUCUUUCACACUGUGUUCAAUUAAAUGCCCAAUUAAUUUAAAUGGAUAGACUGUAAAUAAAGCAGUGCACAUGAUUAUCAUCUAAUUAGCACUGGCCAGCAUUAUAAUGUGCUCAUUAGUGAGUUGUCUGUUAUCCUAAGUCUCAUAAUGAGUAAUCAGGGUACACGUGAUUGGCAUGUAGCUGUCUGGAUGCAACUACUCAACCCAAUAAAUCAGUGUGAAGACAGAAUGUGCAGGAGAAAAAGGAAGAGGAACACACAGCUGGUGAAUUGGCAGUUCCCUCCUUUGUAUGAUUCAGGUACAGCUCCUACUCUCGGAUACAAAAGGGUACAUUCGAGAACAAUAGGAUGGCUGGAGACAGAAAGGGAACUGUUCACCCAAGGUGACCCAGAACAAGUGCCUAUAAUUAUUAUCAAUGAUUACAAGAAAGAAAGAAACGACUCUGAAUUUAUUUGUCGAGAGUACGUAUUUCUAAUACACCAAGUAUGGAAUCAAACUAAGAGAUGGGCGAUGUUUUAAUAAAACUUCUUGGAAGGUAAAAAUUCGGUUAUUUAAAUCUACUCCGUGGUAACAUUCACAAAGCAUUUUAUCAUUUAGAAAGUCUUUUGCCCUCAUAGUUUUUGUAUAUUAUUGUGAACCCAGUUAGCAGGCUGCAGGUAAGGACUGCAGCCGGAAGUUGUGUCUGCUAUUAAAUACGUGAAAAGUCAUUUGACGUGUAUCGUAGUCUGGCUUGCUUGACCCCCAAUUCUACAUCCCUUUGCCUUGCUUGCCUCUGUUACAGAGGUUGGAAAGCAAAGCCUUUACCUUUCUAGACUCCCUUGAGGCUAGGGGAGGCCAGAUGAUACUGUUAUGAUUACUGAAAUAGAGGCUCAAGUGUCUUUGGAGGCUGUUCCUUCUGGAAUAAAGCCUGGGUUGAAGAAAGGCUGUUUCCCUUCCUCAUUUUUUCUCCCCUGGAGGCACAGCAGGCAUGCUGUGGUCAUUUGGUCAGAAGCCACACACCAUGGCGGGCAGAGCAAGAAGACAGACUGAGCCUGAUUCCUGGACAUCCUUGAGCAGCUGCUCCAGCCUACCUGCCUCCAGCUAUCCCACUACAUGGGAGGAAGACGCCUCUCAU